GCCGCGCCGGCCCCGCCAAAUAAGUCCCGGGAGCCGCCGCCGGGGAGCCUGCUGCGCCUGCGCGGGGGGCGCCCGCUUCUUCCCCCGGCUCCCCCCCCGCUGCCGCACACCCCUCACCCUGCCUGCGCUCCUUCCCUGCCGCACCUCCGCCGCAGCCCUCCUCCGCCGGCCCAGCCCGGCGCGGGGCGGCGGCAGCCCGGGCCGAGGCAGCUGGUGACCAAGGGCCCUGCUGCCCGUCGCUGCCUGCUGCUGCCCUGCCAUGGCCACUCCGGACGUCAGCGUUCACAUGGAGGAGGUGGUGGUGGUGACAACACCUGAUGGAGCAGUGGAUGGAGGUGGUGUGGAGGAGGUGAAGACAGUGCUGGUCACCACCAACCUCUCCCAGCACGGUGGUGACAUAAAUGAAGACACUCUGGAGACAGAAAAUGCAGCUGCUGCAGCUGCUGCUGCCUUCACAGCCUCCACCCAUCUGAAGGAAGCAGUCCUAGUGAAGAUGGCUGAAGAUGAGGACAGUUUGGAGGCAGAGAUUGUCUACCCCAUCACCUGUGGGGACAGCAAAGCCAACCUCAUCUGGAGGAAGUUUGUGUGCCCUGGGAUCAAUGUGAAGUGUGUGCAGUUUGAUGACCACCUGAUCAGCCCCAAGGAGUUUGUGCACUUGGCAGGCAAGUCGACCCUGAAGGACUGGAAGCGAGCGAUCCGCAUGAACGGCAUCAUGCUGCGGAAGAUCAUGGACUCGGGGGAGUUGGACUUCUACCAGCACACAAAGGUCUGCUCCAACACCUGCAGGAGCACCAAAAUCGACCUGACUGGAGCCAGAGUGUCCCUGAGCAGUCAGACCUCGACCGAGUACAUCCCCCUGACGCCCGCGCCCGCUGAUGUGAAUGGAUCCCCAGCCACCAUCACCAUAGAAACCUGUGAGGAUGCCAGCGAUUGGUGCACCACCGUUGGAGAUGACACCUUUGCUUUCUGGAGAGGCCUGAAGGACAUGGGACUCCUGGAAGAGGUAAUCCAGGAGUUCCACCAGGAGCUGCUGGAGACCAUGAAGGGCUUGCAGCAGCGAGCGCAGGAUCCUCCGCUGCAGCUUGGUGAUGCUGUUUUACUCAACAAUGUAGUCCAGAACUUUGGGAUGCUGGAUCUGGUGAAGAAGGUGCUGGCCAGCCACAAGUGCCAGAUGGAUCGCUCCCGGGAGCAGUACACGAGGGACCUGGCAGCGCUGGAGCAGCAGUGUGAUGAGCACCGCAAGCGAGCCAAGGAGCUGAAGCACAAAUCCCAGCACCUCAACAACGUCCUGAUGACCCUCACGCCUGUCACUGUCCCCACACCUUUGAAACGCCCCAGGCUGACCAGGGCCACCUCUGGACCAGCUGCCAUCACCUCCCAAGUGCUGUCGCAGCCGGCCCAGCUGGCCGUGCCCCCCGGCGUGCCAGUCUCCCAGCUCACCAACCUCCCUCUCGGCAAAGUGGUCUCGACCCUGCCCCCCUCGGUGCUGGGCAAGAGCCCAUCUCAACCUCCGGCCGCCAGCAGCUCCCCAGCCUCCUCCCCGCUGCUGGGAGGCUACACGGUACUGGCCUCUGCUGGCUCCAGCUUCCCCGGGACAGUGGAGAUCCACCCGGACGCUUCCAACCUGACGGUGCUGAGCACGGCGGCGGUGCAGGACGGCAGCACGGUGGUGAAGGUGGUGAGCCCCUUCCAGCUGCUGACGCUGCCGGGACUGGGCACGGCCAUCCAGAACGUGACACAAGUGGCUCCGUGCGGGAGCACGGUGCUGACCGUCCCGGCCGGCGCCGCCGAGCCCAGCGGCGGGGACGAGCAGAGCGCUGCCGGCGCCGUCGAGGUGGCUGCGGUGGCCGAGGAGGGGGAGCAGAAGUGAGGCAGCUGCGUGGGGGGACUCGCCUGGAGGGACGCUGGCCCUGCUGCUCUGGGUGGACCUGCCUCUGCUCCGGCCCUGCUGCAACCCAGCGGCGUGGGGGAAGGAGGCUCAGAGCUGCUCCUGGUAACGAGGAGGUGUGGGCCAGAGCUGGGGAGGAAGAAGAGGAGGAAAGGUGCCUGGAGAGAGGCAAAACUGCUCUGCCCCGUUUGGAGAAGAGAGGAAAACAAACUGAAACACAGGAAAAAAAAAAGCUUAUUUUUGUA